ACGAUCCACCAUCGAACAACUCCACAAUGCAGCACAGCAUACGACAAUGUCGAAUUCGCAAACUGAUGUAGCGCAGCAUCAUCGCGUCACGCCGCCGCCUAAUUGUACGCACCAGCUUUUGACGCCUCCGUCGACCAACAAGAAAUCCACUGCAGGACCGCUUCGCGUCAUAGCGCUUUUCAGACAGAUCCAAGCAGGAACACACACAAAUUGCGGUCCGUGGAUAGAAUUUCAACUUGCACAAGGCGAUUUCGAUCGAAUCCAGGAUACAAUCCGUCAAGACAAGGUGCUCUGGGGUUUCGUGAACGACAAAAUACGGUAUGACUACGACGAAGACAAGCGCAGACUAGUCGUUCGCAUGCCUACUGCGAUACAUGAGCUGUUCAUCGAUAAGCUGGAGGAUGACAUUCGCUCCCAGUUGAAAGGGAUCCGUGGUGGAUCUGACAGAAACGCUCGAUUCGCGCAGAAGGUGCAGCCAGCCCGGUCGACCGAAUUACGGUUCUCUGCUAGCGCCUCCUCUAGCAAAUCAAAGUACGAGUCGGACGCGUCGUUUAUACAUGACGAUGCAGAAUAUCCGGGCGUCAUUAUCGAGGUCGCAUACUCACAAAAGAAGAAGCGUCUAGGCCGGUUGGCCGAGAAUUAUCUUUUGGACUCGGACGCUAGCGUACGGGUCGUCGUUGGUCUGGAUAUCGACUAUGGCAAAGAGUCACGCAAGGCGGCUUUGUCAGUCUGGCGACCCAGACUGUUUGAAACUGCUGACGGGCCUGAAUUACGAGCUGUCGAAGAGGUCGCGGAUGAGAUUUCCCGUGACGAUGAAGGAAUCCCCAUCGAAUCCCUUGGCCUACGGCUCUGCCUCAGCGAUUUCACCUGUGAAGAACUUGUGCGAGAGGAAUUAGGUAGCGAUAAUACAGAGAUACAGAUCACCGGGAAACAGCUUUGCCAAUAUCUUGCUGUCGCAGAGAGCAGAGCUCAACGGGCACUGCGCAAGCAUUCAUUUGCUAGAGUGGUUAUGAAAAGGAAACGGUCGGAAACACCUCCUGAAGAGAUGAGAUCAGGCGAUGAGGCACAGUACGCGGAGCAGGAAGGGAGAGCAGCGAAACGCGUUGCGGAUGAUGACGUUGAUUAUGAGGAUUCACCAUCAUUCAACAGCCUUUCAGAGUGAUCAGACGAAAGAGUGAGGGGAA